GUAUAAUAUCCCUGUUCAACGCUAGGAAGUAUGUUUAUUACAUUAUAAAACGAGACAUGAGGACAUUUAUGUGUUUGUGCUUCUUGACACUUCUCAAGACAUAUGCAGCACAAAUUCACAUGUCUGCCAAUGUGUUUGUGAACGAAAACGAUUCUGUACCAGUCACCUGUAAUACCACAGAACCUGCAUUUAUUGUAGAAUUUUACAUCAGCAACUUGAAAUAUGCGACAAUAUUUCCAAAGAGCGAUUGUAAAGUCCUCUAUGCUAAUGUAACCUGCAUAUGCGAAAGCAUUACAGUUAUAACUUGCAUGACAUUGAUCCUGAAAAGAAACGACCAUGGAAACAAUGUAACAUUUCUUGCUCAAUAUGGAAGUAGGAGCGUUAUAUCGUCCGUCGUUAUACACGUGAUAGACAUGAAUCAAUCCAACAGCAAUGUUUCACAAGAGCAUGCACGAUACGAAGACCUAAACAUGUUGAGGUGCACACCAAAUGGCGAAUAUACAGAUUUGGGGUUCAACACAAAAGACAACAUCAAAGAAAGGACUUCUUCAUCUGAAAACAAUCAAUAUGAAAAUCUGACACUUAACUCGACGAAAAGAAAUGAACAGGAGUUAGCUCUCUAUACAAUUGACGUUUAAAUCGAGAAUAAUACCAGUGCAUGACUAAGUACUGAUCAAAUGCAAUUGUAUUGUUUAUUUAUAAAAUUCCUCUUCUUGUUUGUGUCUAUAUAGUCGUUUGGCUUCUAGAUAGUUUUAAAAUAUGAUGACAAAGUUUACGAGUAUUGGUUACGGUGGUGAGAACUUUCUUUGACCAUCAUUUUCAAUCAGCAUUCACUUUUUGCAUGUAUUUUGAGGUUGAUGAAAAUGUAAGCAUUAUUAUCAUCAUACCUUUUUCUGUUAUACAAUUGUAAUAUUUUACUUAUUAUAAAGCAGAAUAAUUAAAUUUUAUUGAAACGAAUUUAAAGUAAAAAUCAAAUGAAAUUUCCGAUUAGAUAAAAUGUCGUGUUGUUUCUAAU